AUGCCCUACUUCCGCAUAACCCUCCUCCGCUCCGCGAUCGGCCUCCCCGCGAAACGCACGGGAGUGCUACAAGCCCUCGGCCUCCGAAAGCGCAUGGCCACCGUCUACCACCCGGUGACCCAGGACGUGGCGGGCCAGAUCAUGAAGGUCAAGGAGCUGGUCGACGUCGCCGAAGUCGAGUAUCCGCUUACGAGGGGAGAGAUGAAGAAGAUGCGGACGCCGGAUCCGGGGUAUUACGUUGAGAGGAGGGCGGGGGAUGUGAGGGCGGAAUUUGAGGGACGGUGA